AGAAUGCAGAAUUUCUCAGGUAAUUAUAUAUGUGAAGCCAACAACAAUCCUGACGAGGAUGCGGCAUAUAAAAACCUACAUAUUUACAAGAAAUCUAGUUGGAAGUUUCAAAGUUCGCCGAGGAUCCCUCCAAAUCAUAUGAUACAAAUAAACGCCUAUCUGUAUUAAUCACGAAAGGGUUAUUCUAUUGCCUCGUGCAGGGCAUGGCGGACAUAACCAGGUAAGCCACGAAGCUUAUCAUAUUUCCACGCCCUUAAUCCACAUCCAUUCUGCCCAUCAAUCCCCAAUAUAAAUCCAUUCACACACACAGCUCUUCAGCAUAAAAAUCCAUUCACACAAAUAUUAUUCCAGAAUGGCUCUAAAGCUGGGAGAUUUAGUUCCAGAUUUUACAGCAGAGUCGAGCCACGGCCCCAUUCAUUUCCAUGCCUACAUUGAAAAGAGCUGGGCGAUUUUAUUUUCCCACCCGGCGGAUUUCACGCCUGUGUGCACAACAGAACUGGGCUCCCUGGCAAAAUUAAUGCCCGAAUUCGACAAUCGAGGAGUUAGGGUUUUAGCCCUGAGCUGCAACGAUGCGGAAACCCACAGGUCGUGGGUUCGAGACAUAGAGAGCUUCACACCGGGGGCAAAAGUCACUUACCCUAUUAUUGCAGACCCUACCAGAGAAAUUGCCAUUAAAUAUGGCAUGCUGGACCCUGCUGAGAAGGACCGUGCCGGCGUACCCUUGACUGCAAGGGCCGUUUUUGUCAUUGGCCCUUGCAAAACGCUCAAGCUUUCUGUUCUUUAUCCUGCUACUACUGGCCGUAAUUUUGCUGAAAUUUUGAGGGUUUUGGAUUCUCUGCAGCUUACGGCUAAUUAUAGCGUGGCCACGCCUGUGGAUUGGAAGGCAGGGGAUAAAUGCAUGGUGGUGCCUUCCUUGUCUAAUGAAGCUGCCCUGGAGAAGUUUCCCAAGGGUUUUGAGACUGUUGCUGUGCCCUCUGGCAAGUCUUACAUUCGCCUUACUCCUCAGCCUGAUCUUUGAGCAUUUCUGGGUUUCUCUGUGGAUUUCUUUACUGCUAUUCUCCGUGUGUGUAUUCUGAGCUCUGGUUUUUAUGAUGUCAAAAUAAGGCUCUCAUCACUGGUUAAGUGUUGAAAACUUCUGUCAUGUGUUUUUCUUAUGUCCUUUACUCUUAUGGCAAUUUAUGCCAUACACUUAAUACUUUGUACCAUGGUUAAUGUUGAUAUUAUGAUUUUGUCUAUGAUUCUAAUUA